UCGGCUGGCGGAGGAGGAAGAUGGCGUCGUCAAGGCUCGGAGUCGGGUCGCGCGGGCUCCCGCCGCCGCCGCCGCUCUUGCUGCUGCUGCUGCUGCUCGGGCCCUGGCCGGCGGCGGGCCACGGCGGCAAGUACUCGCGGGAGAAGAACGAGCCCGAGCCGCCGCCGCAGCGCGAGCCCGGCGGGGAGUUCCGCAUGGAGAAACUCAACCAGCUGUGGGAGAAGGCCCAGCGGCUGCAGCUCUCCCCCGUGAAACUGUCCGAGCUCCAUGCAGACCUGAAAAUGCAAGAGAGAGAGGAGUUCGCCUGGAAGAAGCUGAAGGCUGAGGGCCUCGACGCAGACGGAGAGAGAGCAGCCAAGCUCCUACGCAACCUCAGCGUGAUCCUGGCCAAGUACGGCCUGGACGGCAGGAAGGACGCCCAGGCCGUGAACAGCAACUACCUCAGCGACACCGCCGAGGACGACAGCCUGGGAGACCCCAAGCUGGAGAAGCUGUGGCACAAGGCGAAGAGCUCGGGGAAGUUCUCCAGCGAGGAGCUGGCCAAGCUGUGGCGGGAGCUCCAGCACCACAGGGAGAAAGUGCACGAGUACAACGUCCUGCUGGACACCCUGAGCAGAACCGAAGAGACCCGGGAGAACGUCAUCAGCCCAUUGGACGUGAGCCGCGUCAAGGAGGACGUGCUGUACAGCAAGCACGCGGAGCUGAAGGACAGGCUGCGAGCCAUCAACCAGGGCUACGACCGCCUGCGCCAAGUCAGCCACCGGGGCUACAGCGCCGAGGCCGAGUUCGAGGAACCCCGAGUGAUAGAUCUGUGGGACAUGGCCAAGUCCGCCAACUUCACUGAGAAGGAGCUGGAGUCCUUUCGGGAGGAGCUUAAGCACUUUGAAGCCAAAAUUGAAAAGCACAACCACUACCAGAAGCAGCUGGAAAUCUCUCACCAGAAACUGAAGCACGUGGAGAGCUUCGGGGACCAAGAGCACGUGAGCCGGAACAAAGAGAAAUACGCCAUGCUGGAGGAGAAGACCAAGGAGCUGGGCUACAAGGUGAAGAAGCACUUCCAGGACCUGUCGGGCCGCAUCUCCAGAGCGCGCCACAACGAACUCUGAAGGCCGGGGAGGAGCGGGGCGCCGGGCGGGGUCCGCCCGAGGACGGGCCCGGGCGCUCCGUGGCGGCGCUUGACGCGAACAGAACCUCGGAGGAGGCGUGCUGGGGACUGGCCGGGCGUCCGUGGUGCGGGAGGACGGCUCCGACUCCCCGAGUGCCCGAUGGGGGCGUGUCGGACUCGUGAAUCUGCCCCUGGAGAUACCGCGUCCGGAAAAACAUGUCGCGGGAUUUAAAUCGUCUGACGUGAUCUGA